CCAAUACCGUGCGUCUCUAAGUCAAACUUGGCGUAUAGAACCAGCAAGGUGACAUAGGAUUUGUUAGGGGUUUUAGGUUUGUCUUCUGAAUUCGACCCGAUAACAGAGAAAUGGAUACGAAUCAAAACCUGAAUAACACGCAGAAGAAACUCGUCGGUCCAUCUUCUGCUUCGGCUUACCUUGAUCCUCACUACUGGGAUGAGCGAUUCUCUAAUGAGGAGCAUUACGAGUGGCUCAAGGACUACUCUCAUUUCCAGCAUCUCAUUCAAGCCCAUAUCAAUCCCAACUUUUCUGUCUUGGAGCUAGGAUGUGGAAACUCACAGCUGUCAGAACAUUUGUACGAAGAUGGGAUUACUAAUAUAACAUGCACUGAUCUUUCAGCUGUUGCAGUGCAGAAUAAGCAGAAACGCUUGCUAUCUAAGGGACUUAUAGAAAUAAAAGUUAUGGAAGCUGACAUGCUAGACUUGCCUUUUAGCGACGAGACUUUUGAUGUGAUUAUUGAGAAAGGAACUAUGGAUGUACUAUUCGUGGACAGUGGUGAUCCAUGGAAUCCAAAGCCUUCAACAGUUACAAAGGUUAUGAAGAUGCUUAAGGGCGUUCAUAGGGUUCUGAAACCUAAUGGAAUAUUCAUCUCAAUAUCCUUUGGCCAGCCACACUUGAGGCGUCCUUUAUAUAAUGCUCCAGAAUUCACCUGGUCAUUUGAAUGGAAGACUUUUGGUGAUGGAUUUCACUAUUUUUUCUAUACCUUGAAAAAGGGAAACAGAUCAUUGGAGGGAAAUGAAGGAAGUAAGAGGUUGGAGCAACCAUCUAUUUGACUAUUUCAAGAUGAAUUAGAUAAUGAAGAUUAUAUUUUCAGAACCAACAUUGAUGAUCUCAAUUCUUAGAACUAACUCUUUAACUUUCUCUUUAAAUGCUCUGUUGCAAUGUUUCUUCAUUGGUUAAUUGUAAUUUUCUUCUGAUUUUAGCUUUAUGUAGACCAGGCUCAGGCUCAGGCUCAGGCCAGGAAUGUCCAUGCUUAGACCCAAGUUGUGAAGCGCCCGAAAAUUCUAUAUAUUUUUUAAUUUUAUAUUUUAUAAUAAAUUGUAUUAUAUAGUUUUUUUUA